GACAUUAGAUUUUUUACAUUUGGUUAGUAUUACUAAAUCUCACCAGUAUGAUUUCACUGCUUGGGUUAUUGAAAAUACCUUAUCUAAUAAAGUUGGUGAUUCAAUACUUAAAUUUAUCAAAAAAUUUCCAUUUUUUGAUAAUAAAUCAUUACCAUCUUCAACAAAU